GGAGGUGCCCAUGCCCCCGGGUCCUGCAGCCUCGCGUUCCCAGCGGGCUCCGCAGCCGGCGGGAGGCAGGCAGCCAGCGGCGGGGUUUUUCCUGUUGCCGGGCUGCUGACCCCCCACAGGAAGAUAACGGACCAGCCGGGGGCGGAGCAGCUCACACACAUGCCUGGCUGCGCCGAUCACUCAUCAUAUAAGGAGCGGAGCCAGCGCCUGGAUCGGGACACGCAGCUCUGGGCAGAGAAAGACGAGCGACUCUGAUCCCGGGAACUCAGCCCAGCGAGCAGGGUCCGGGCGGCUCAGGGACAGCUCCCGCAGGACGGGGCCGCCGGCUGCCAGGGGCGCAGCACAGGCGCCGCGGAUGGACCCUGAGCCCAGCGGCUGAGCCCGGCGUCCGUCCCACGCGCCCGGCGGGCUGCUGAGCGGCGGGGGUCCACGCAGACGGCAGGCAUGUGGCAGCUCGUGUUCCUCACGCUGAGCUGGGACCUGGUCCCGGCCGCCGCCCACAGCCCCCACAGGAGCAUGGACGGCCUGGGGCGGCGGCAGUACCAGGUGCAGCACGGCGCCUGCAGCUACACCUUCCUGCUGCCCGAGACCGACAACUGCCGCCCGCCCGCCGGCUCCUACGUGUCCAACGCGGUGCAGAGGGACGCGCCGCUCGACUACGACGACUCGGUGCAGAGGCUGCAGGUGCUGGAGGGCAUCAUGGAGAACAACACGCAGUGGCUGAUGAAGCUGGAGAGCUACAUCCAGGACAGCAUGCGCAGGGGCGUGGCCGCGCUGCAGCAGAGCGCCGCGCACAACCACACGGCAGCCAUGAUGGAGAUGGGCUCCAGCCUCCUCAACCAGACCGCGGCGCAGACGCGCAAGCUGACGGACGUGGAGGCCCAGGUGCUGAACCAGACGACGAGACUCGAGCUCCAGCUCCUGGAACAUUCCCUGUCCACCAACAAGCUGGAGAAACAGAUCCUGGACCAGACCAGUGAGAUCAGCAAGCUGCAGGACAGGAACAGCGUCCUGGAGAAGAAAGUGCUCGACAUGGAAGGCAAGCACACGGUGCAGCUCCAGUCCAUGAAGGAGGAGAAGGACCAGCUGCAGGUGCUGGUGUCCAAGCAGAACUCCAUCAUCGAGGAGCUCGAGAAGCAGCUGGUGACGGCGACGGUGAACAACUCGGUCCUGCAGAAGCAGCAGCACGACCUCAUGGAGACCGUGCACAGCCUGCUGACCCUCGUGUCCACGUCGGGCGCAGCUAGGCCGGCCCCGGCUGCGAAGGAGGAGCAAGUCGCUUUCCGAGACUGUGCGGAGGCCUUCAAGUCCGGCCUGACCACCAGCGGCGUCUACACGCUGACCUUCCCCAACUCCACGGAGGAGACAAAGGAUCCACCUGAAGGGCCUCACGGGGUCGGCCGGCAAGAUCAGCAGCAUCAGCCAGCCGGGGAGCGACUUCAGCACCAAGGACGCGGACAAGGACCGGUGCAUCUGCAAGUGCGCGCAGAUGCUCACGGGAGGCUGGUGGUUCGACGCGUGUGGCCCCUCCAACCUGAACGGAAUGUACUACCCGCAGCGGCAGAGCACCAACAGGUUCAACGGCAUCAAGUGGUACUACUGGAAGGGCUCGGGCUACUCGCUCAAGGCCACGGCCAUGAUGAUCCGGCCUGCGGACUUCUGAGGCCUGCGCCUGCGGCACCCCUCCACCGGAGCCCGGGGGACACAGCUGCGUCGUCCCUCUGCCCCAGAGGGACACGCCCGGGCCUGAGUCAGAGCCCUCGAAACUCCCCACGGACACCUGCCCUGCUCGGCAACCCCAGCACAGCCCGACCUUCGCCUCGUGACCUGCAGGCGUCUGCGCAGAUGAGCUUAAGCUGCAAAUGAGAAGGUGGCUCGCGGGCUCCGCGUCACACCGUCAAUAACUGGAAACAGCUCUGGGCUCCGGGGUCGUCCGGCUGCACCCGCGCCCCGCCCCGUGCACAGACUCAGGGCCCCUGGGAGGGUCACAGUGCCUUUGCCCUCCUGUUGGGUGCUUUCCAUUUUCAUCUGAAAAUAGCGUAUUUGCAUAGGCGUUGCCAGCUUAGUUCUAAGCUAAUGCUCAAAAACAGAUGUCGUUUAUACGGAGAAAUUCCCAGGAUGUAUUCUUUUAUUUUAUGUAAAGAUUGUACUACUUUUUUUGCUGCCUGUUAACUAUGAAGUUAUUUUGGUAAUUAAAUAUAACUUAUGAGAUGACGA